AAGACGUUCUGACUUGGCGGAAGUUAAUACACAUCAAUGACAACUUCCUGUGACGUAGCACUAGCUCUGGAUGCUACACGCGGGAAACAGGCAAAGCUGAGCAUCACAUUUUGAAUCACCAGUCGUCGCCUGGAGCCAAAAUGGGAGACACACUGGAGUUCAAUGAAAUAUACCAGGAGGUUAAAGGCUCAUGGAAUGAUGGGCGUCUGCGAUUCAGCAAACAGAACGUGGUUUAUAAAAGCAGUAAAACAGGAAAGGUGGACAGCAUCUCUGCUGGUGACCUCAACCUGGCCCAGUGGAGACGAGUGUGUCUAGGUCACGGCAUCAAACUGGGCACCAGCACAGGAAACGUCUACAAAUAUGACGGCUUCAGAGACACGGACUUUGAGAAGAUCUCGGAAUUUUUCAAGACAAACUAUAAGCUGGAGCUGACGGAGAAGGACAUGUGUGUGAAAGGCUGGAACUGGGGAACAGCCAAGUUCUCAGGGCCUCUGUUAUCGUUCGACGUAAAUGACAAUAGUGCAUUUGAGAUCCCACUCUCCAACGUGUCCCAGUGUGCCACGGGGAAGAAUGAAGUCACUCUGGAGUUCCACCAGAACGAUGACACUGAGGUGUCGCUCAUGGAGGUCAGAUUCUACGUCCCACCGAACCAGACAGACGAGCGAUCAGACCCUGUAGAAGCAUUCGCCCAGAAUGUGUUGUCCAAGGCCGAUGUCAUCCAGGCCACAGGAGACGCUGUUUGUAUCUUCAAAGAACUGCAGUGUCUCACACCCAGAGGAAGAUACGACAUCCGCAUCUACCCGACCUUCCUCCACCUUCACGGUAAAACCUUUGACUACAAGAUUCCCUACCCCCCCGUCCUGCGUCUCUUCCUGCUGCCACACAAGGACCAGAGGCAGAUGUUCUUUGUGAUCAGCCUGGAUCCACCCAUCAAGCAGGGUCAGACACGUUAUCACUUCCUGAUUCUUCUCUUCUCCAAAGAGGAGGACAUCAACCUGACGCUAAACAUGAGCGAGGAGGACGUGGAACGUCGUUUUGAAGGCAAACUCAGUAAAAACAUGUCAGGUUCACUGUAUGAGAUGGUCAGCAGGGUGAUGAAGGCACUGGUCAACCGCAAGAUCACUGUGCCUGGAAACUUCCAGGGUCACUCCGGGACUCAGUGCAUCACUUGCUCCUACAAAGCCUCCUCCGGCCUCCUCUAUCCGCUGGAGCGAGGCUUCAUCUAUGUCCACAAGCCUCCUGUGCACCUACGGUUCGAGGAGAUCUCCUGUGUCAACUUCGCCAGAGGCACCACCACGACGCGUUCUUUUGACUUUGAGAUCGAGACCAAACAGGGGAAUCAGUACACCUUCAGCAGCAUUGAGAGAGAGGAAUAUGGAAAACUGUUUGACUUUGUCAACGCCAAGAAGCUCAACAUUAAGAACCGAGGUUUCAAAGAGAAGAAGGGCAUGAAGGGUAAGAUCGACGAAUACAGCGACUCCGACGAAGACAAGCACGACGCCUACCUGGAGAGGAUGAAGGCCGAGGGCAAGAUCAGAGAGGAGGGCAACGACAGUGACGAGUCUGACGGCGAAAGCGACGAGUCGUUCAACCCUGGAGAAGAGGAAGAUGACAUUGCAGAAGAAUACGACAGCAAUGCCUCAGCCAGCAGCAGCAGUGAGGAAGGAGAGGGCAGUGAAGAUGAGGGUGCCAAAAAGAAAAAGGCCAAAAAGGUUAAAGUGGUGAAGGAGAGAAAAGAAAGGAAACCACGGAAAGAGAAGAAGCAGAAAGACACUGGCGGCCCCAAGAGGCCAAUGAGUGCCUACAUGCUGUGGUUGAACUCCAAUCGUGAACGCAUCAGGUCAGAGAAUCCUGGAAUCUCCAUCACAGGGAUUUCCAAGAGGGCUGGAGAAAUGUGGAGGGAACUGGGAAAAGAUGACAAGGAGGUGUGGGAAGCAAAGGCAGGAGAGGCUAAGAAGCAGUACGACCUGGCGAAGAAGGAGUACAAGGAGAGUGGAGGUGGAGCCACGUCCAGUUCCAAGAAGGACAAUAAGAAAUCUGCAGUGAAAAAGGAGACAAAGAGGAAGUCGUCCGGUGGAGACAAGGAUAGAGACAGAGGCGGAGGCAACGACAGCUUCAAGAGCAAAGAGUUCAUCGAGACCAGUGAGAGUUCUUCAGACUCCGACCGCAAGAGCAAGUCCAAGAAGAAGAAGAAGGUGAAGGAGUCAGAAGAAGAGGAGGAGGAAGAGGAGGAGGCGAUGUCCACCCCAGCCAGCUCAGAGCCAGAGUCAGACUAAACUGACACACUCAAACUCUCAAUACACACAAACCAAGGACCAAGCAGUUACACCUUUGUUGACGCCAGACAAACAAACUGACGAGGAGGAAAAGCUCAUCUGAGAAUUUUUUUUUUUAACUUGGACUUUUUGUCAUGUACGUUGGGAUAUCUGAAACAUCAAGUGUGUGUUUCCACAGUGACGUCACGAGCGGAGGCUGAUCAAGUCACUGAAUGUUUUGGUCGCCACCUUCACGAUGGUCGCUUUAGGUUGAUAGCACUGUGUAGGACUCGUUAGUUUCUGGAUUUUCAGUCUAAAUCUUAAUCAUCCUGGUGUAGAGAUUGAACUGCAUUUAUAUGUUUGUUUUCUCAUGUCAUGUUGAAAUAAAUGAAUUAAAUCAUUUUUGAUAAAAA